AUGCCUUUUUUUAGAUAGGAUAGGAUUAUGUUUUAUUUAUAUUAUUUCUUUUUAGACUCUUUCAAAUUUAAUAUUCAAAACUUACGUAUCUUUUUAUGACUGUAUAUGGUUAAGAAUCUUAUAGAUCUUAUAUCUAGAAUUUUAAAUACAAUUUCUUGAAAAUCCGGAAAUUUCUAAGAAAUACUUUUAAAAAAUUUAAGUAAAUGCUUUGAUAAUAUUUUAAAGAAGAUUCGAAAUGAUACAUAUUUUAAAUAUAAUGUUUUGUAUUUUCAUUAAUUUUACUAUGUGUAACAUUUUUAUUAAAAUUGAACAUAUUCAAUAAAGAAGUUUUAAUACUUGUUUUAUUUAACUUCAUUAUAAUUACUAUUAAUAUAUUAAUAUUAUUUAUUAAUAAACUCACUUCGAAAGUGUUAAUAUCCAUUAACUAGCAUAUCUUUGAAAAAAUUGUAUUAUAUUUUAAUUGAUAGGGCCAUGGGCAAUUGAUGGAUAUUGACAUCUGUUUUACGUUCCAGCGUUUCUUAUGCGGAAGUCGGAUAAUCGAGUAAUAUAAUUAGAAAUUCCAACUACUCAUGAUGGUUGAGCUAAUAUUGAAAGUAGACUAUCAAAAGGAUCUUUCAGAGAUUAAUUUUUGAUGGAUUGCGUUUACCAGAUAAGUGAUUUGUUUGUAUUUUCACAAAUACAUUGUAUGAUAAACAUUUGGAGAUAUUUACACACCUGAAAGACUCGAAUGAUGAUAUGCUUUAGGGCGAUGGAAAAGAACACACUGGAAAUUGACAUAUUAUUAAUAUUAAUGCUUAAGGCUUUAUGAAAAUUUGAAUAUGAUGCAUAUCAAAAUUUUUAAACAAUAAAUUUAAAUUUAUAUGUGUACAUAAAAUAUGAUAAUUAAAAGAAUCUUGACAUAAAUUAAGAUGUAUAGCUAAAAAGAUAUAUUUAAUUAUUUUAUACAAUAUUGCUUGUUUAGUAAAAUAAAACAAUAUUAGAUAUCGAUGUAUAGAUAGAACAAUGUAUAACUUUGCUUAGUAUAACAUUAUAUGUAAUACGAAACAUCUGUAUCAGUUAACGAAGUAUAAUGCUGCAGUAAGAUGAGUAACUCAAACACCAAGAGUCGCAAGUUUAAGUUCCUACUUCAGUUGUAAACAAUUUUUUCCAAGUACAAUUAAAAAAUUGUGACUUGGAAUUUUUAAAAAUACAAAGUAUUGGCAUCUACCUCUUAAGAUGUCUUGACGGAAAAAUUUUAUUAAAAAUCUCUUUCAAUUGACUCAUUUCAUUAAAAUUUAUUAAAUUUAUUAAAAUGCAUUAAAUUUUAUAAAAACUCAUUAAAAUUUAUUAAAAUUUAUUAAAUUUAUUUUAUUGUUAUUUAACAAAAAAUAAAUUUUAAUGCAUCUUAACAAAUCUUAAUAAAUUUUAAUGAAAAGGGGUCAAUUAAGAGAGAGUUUUUAAGAGUUUUUUAUGCUUCAAUUGCACUUAUUCAUUAAAACAUUUAGAUGCAGUUAUUUAAUUAAUUUUAGAUUUUUAAUUUAUUAAACAAAUAAAUAACAAAUAUUUAUUUUUAAUAAAAAAAAUAGUUAUUUACUCGUCAAAACGUAUAUGUGUAUGUUAAACUAUAUACUUUAAACUAAUUGAGAUAUCUUUUACAACUAAGAAAAUUAAAAUGUUAAUGUUGUGCAACUAAUCGAUACAAUCACAAUUAGAAAUUGCGAAUUUUCAGCGUGAAAUAAGCGCGCGUUGCUUGGCGGACAAUUUGUUGACUCGUUCUACGUAUGAGUUUGUUUUCAUAUGCGUCAUUAUGGAGAGAAAGAUCCGGGGCGCGGAAAAUAUGGUGCACGUGUGAUUAUCUAACGCGCAGUCGCCCGAUUUACGAGCGAUGAUUCUCUGCCAAAGUUUCAGAUGAUUCGUGAUCACGUAGACGCGCAGGUGCAUAUCCUGCGGAAAGUUCGGUUCAGUGUUGUUAGUAUUAACGUAACGUGAAAUAAUUGUAAUCGCGAUAGAUAAAAUUUAAGCGUCAGGAUGGGAGACGCUGAAGUGGAACGUUUCUUAACCGAUCAGAAACGUAAAUGCGAUCAGUUUGUCGAAGGUAUAUCGUCGGCAUUUGGCGACGUGAUGUCGGAGACCACCGGAAUAAGAUUAUCCGGGUACAACGUUACUGACGCGGAUCGAUUGGAGAAGUAUCGUGGGAUCGCCAGAACAAGUGUCGUAGAAGGCAACGUGACGGAAAUUCGUCAAUGUCCGCCCUCCUUCGACGGUCUGCUCUGCUGGUCGCCCACUGACGCACCGGGAACAGCCACCUUACCAUGCCCACCGGCCUCGAUCAUAGGAUACACCGAUCUCGCGAGCGACAAUCUGAGAGCGCUCGCGGUAGCCAGCAAGGUCUGUCAGGCGAACGGCGAGUGGUACCAAAACUCGGACAACGUCUCCUGGAGCAACUACAGCCUGUGCGUGCAGAACAGCACGGGUUACAUCAUCGAGAAGAAUCUGAAUUACUCGCGGUGGUAUGAAACGCCGGCGGAGUUUGCGCUGCUAAAUAAAUGGCUGCCGAUUAUCAGAAUGGUAUCGCAUAUUGGAUACGUGACUUCAUUUACUACUCUAAUUGUUGCCAUGGUGAUUUUUUCUUUACUAAGAAAACUUAGGAAUCCCAGAAAUAGAUUACACAUGCAUUUGUUUGCAUCCUUUAUUAUGAGAGCUUUCAUGGCACUUCUCAAGGAUUGGAGUUUCAUAGAUGGCAUCGGAUUGGCAUGGGACGUCGUCUUUGUCGAUGGAAAGAACGUUUUUAUCAGAGAACACACUACUUGGAUAUGCAAGGUAAUCACGAGUCUGUGGCAAUAUUUCAUUGUGGCGAACUAUUCAUGGAUUCUAAUGGAAGGAUUGUAUUUACACAAUCUGGUAUUCCUGGCACUGUGCACCGACACCAGCACAAUAGCUCUAUACAUUGUACUAGGCUGGGGUCUUCCUGUUUUGGUAGUAGUGCCAUGGAUAAUAAUACGCGUGAUUAUCGAAGAUACUCUCUGUUGGACUACUCAUGACAAUUCCUCGCUGUUCCUCGUUAUAAGAAUACCAAUUAUGGUGUCUAUUUUGUUCAAUUUUCUACUGUUUCUUAAUAUUGUUCGUGUCCUGCUUGUGAAACUGAAAACGUCGGUGCAUCUGCAACGGAAGAAGAUGAAAUACAAGAGAUGGGCAAAAUCGACUCUGGUUUUAGUACCACUCUUCGGAAUACACUAUACUUUUUUCUUGGGAUUAUCUUACCAUAAGGACUACAGAGUAGAACUUGUUUGGCUUUUCUGCGAUCAGCUGUUUGCGUCCUUUCAGGGUUCCUUCGUGGCUUUUCUUUAUUGUCUGUUGAAUGGCGAGGUCAGGGCGGAAAUGCGACGAGUGUGGAAGGCUCGACGAUCAAAGAGGGAAGUCGAUUCCUUUAUCUCCGGUCACACGAGAAAUUCGAAGGACGGAAUCAAUCGAAAGCGGCAUCGAUCGGAGGGCGAUGAUGGCACCAAUUUCGUAAUUACUAUGAAGAAGUUGUCGGUGAAAGACAUCAAAUAG